UCACUUCCGCCUGUACUUCCUGGAGCCACAACCCUCAGACGUCGACUUCAAAACGCUUCCGUAAAAUAUUCCACUCCGGUGCGUACUGCUCCGUUUUCAGUGUACUAGCUAGUAUACGACGUUUUUGGAAAUAUUGUUCAACAUUUAUCUAAAUAGAAUGAAGGCCAAGGGAUUUGCAGUUACCCAUCACCUGUAAAGGUAAAGCGUUAGUUAGCAGGUUACGGACAACUAACCUAGUUAUUUUACUCGCCAUUUUGAUAAGAGCUACGACCCGAAAUUAUUUUAAUAGCAGGUUAGGAGGGCAGUUUUGCCAUCCCUAAUUAUUUUUCAUAACCGUAACCAAAUUGUCCUAACCUGCUACAUUGAUUCUCAUAACCCGUUGCGUAAUACUUUGUACUAAUCUGCUACGAAAAAGUAACUUCCGGUCGUAACUGUAUCGAAGUAGCGCGAAGAGUGUUUCUCAUGGUUAGAUAGCUACAUCUCCAAAUACGAUGUAGGCAUUUGGCUAGGUAAUUUAUAUAGUGGAAAUUACAUUAUCUGUCUAGUUCAUGUGGAGAGGAAUGUCAUCGGGGUGUUUUUGAUUACUUUGUCUUUGUAGAGACAUUGGUGCAAAAUGGAUGUUGACGUUAAACUAGAGGAAGAUGAGAGGGAGAUAUCCCAUACAGGAAUUUGGUCUGAUUCGAUUAAUGCCUGGAUAGAUUACCCAAAUUCAACAUUGUCAGAAAACACAGAAACAGGUUACCAUGUGGGUUUACUGAAAGAGCAUACACAUGUACCUCCCAUCAGUCCCCAAACAACAAGCCACGGGCAGAUUUUACGUCUUUUUCCUGAAAUGACCGGAGCAAGUGAUGGGGAGAACAGGGCUGUCAAACUGGUUUAUUUCUGUAAAGAUCAAGAUACCAUCGGCACAUCUGAAGGGAAUUCAAUCAAGGAACAGUCAUGGCAUUUAGCACCGUCCAGUGAUAUUCUGACAGGACAUGCAUCCACUUUCAGUGGUUAUUUUGAAGCUCAAAUCAACCCAACUUCACAGGUUUCUAGGCAAACACAGACCAAUAAUAAAUUGCCCUCUGACAAUGUUAAUAUCCCAAGCUCUAGUACUGCCAUUCAUUCUGUGCUAACCUCACCUGCUACAGAAAACGACUGUCAUUUAGCUGUAUCUACUAGACCUAUUCUUCCAGAAUAUUGUGAGCCAUUGAACUUUCCCUCUGAUGAAGAGGAAGACUACAAAGCCAAUUUAAGUCAACGACUACAAUGCCGGAAAACGUUAGAGGAUAAAUGGAUACGUCAGUGUCGUGGCAGUUACUCAAGACCCAACCUAAGAAAGUUUGGGAGAUAUUGGAAAGAUCCAUACGUCAAGUGCAAGGAGAUCGGUGUAGAUUUCAAUGUUGGAUCUGGAGCGAAACAGAAACUGAAUUUGCAUUUACUGACAGUUGGUGUAAUGCUUGAGGUGUCAGAAUAUGCUAGAAUCAUUAAUAGAUCUCGCCCUCAUGUUAUCUUUGAUAUUCUAGAUUACAACUUUGUUCUUGGUGUACAAAAUGAACAACAAUAUGACUUUUCAUUCAGGGUAGAAAAGAAAUUAAAAGAAAUGCUGAAGAUGCAUUCUAAGAGAACACCUGAGUGGUUAACAGAAGUCUUUGACCUUCCUGAUCCAAAGACAGUUACAGUUUUGGAAUACUCCCUUAAAUGGGCACAGUUGUAUUUGCAAAACAGCUUGUCAAAUCCUACACCUUUUGACGUUUGCAUAAAGGAGGAGCCUGUUGUGGGCCUGAUCUCUCCUCUGCAUGUGACGACUGAGAGCUUCUCCACUGAGACAGAUGUGACACGGUGUGCUGAUGAGACGGCAAUCCUUGGCCCUGAAAAUGGACGUAAUGAUACCUGCACAAGGUAUGAGCCUUAUAUGGGCAUCGUCCGUCCUCAACAUGUCCAGACGGAAACCUUCCCAACUCAGACAGAUAUAACAUCCUUCAUGAUGCCCACUGUAGAAGAAGCAUUGAGGGAACUCUACCCAAUCUGUAAGGGAAAAGGACUUGACCUUGUUGUGAAAUCAAAAUAUGGGAAAAAUAAGAAACUUGACUUGCAUCUAUUGACCAGAGAUGUAAUGUUUGAAUUGGCUGAUUUUGCCUCACAAGUGUGUGGAAAUCGGAAGCAGGUUGUGUGUGAGGUUCUCGAGCGUAAUUUUGAUUUGGAUUUAAAAAGUGGGAAAACUGAGCUGGCCAAAGAUAUUAUGAGAAAGUUAAGAGCAGUUUUACAGCGCAAGAUGGGUAAAAAAGGUACAUGGAGAUUGGGACUUGAAAAUGAAGCUUUCUUAAAGAAGUCACUCAAACGAAAGAACCCUGCGGAGAUGUCCACUAGCCAGAAGGUCACUACAGCAUCACUUGAGCCAAAAUACCAAAUGAAAGAAGUAUCAAAAAGGAGGAGAUUGAAUUUAAUGAGCAAGAAGAAAGACAUGGACAUGUUAGUAACCAAGGAGACCGAGGGAGGCCAUUUCUCUGAAGUAGUACAAAUAGAACCUCGUCUUGUCAAAAUAGAGAGAAUCUCUGAUGAGACUGACCUUGCACUUUGUACUGACGAAACAAAGCAAAUUGUCGUUACCAACUUGGACCAAUCAAAUGUGACGUCUCACACCAAAAAUAUGGUGAAAGCCAAAGCGUGCUACCCACUCUGUGAGGAAAUAGGUCUGGACCUUGAUGUCACAUCCAAACCAUCUAAACAGAAACUGGAAUUUAAUUUACUGACAAACGGUGUAAUAUUUGAGGUGCAUAAAUAUGCAGGGAUAAAAUCCUAUCGUCAAAAAAGAAGUGGGUGCAUUCUCAUUGAUAUUCUAAAAUACAAUUUUGAUCUUAGUUUGCAAAAUCAGAGACUAUUUCCACUGCAUAUUUGCUGUAAAGUGAAACGAUUGGUUCAGAAACACAAAUCUGAGCUCGUGAGAAAAAGAGAAAUCUCAAAAGAGGUGUUCACAAUACCGAGUGUGCUUAAAAGCCAAGCAAAAACAAAUGUGCUUUCAGAUUAUUUUCCUGAAAAAAAUAUGGAAAAAAACGCAAGGCUGGUUUAUCCUCAUCAUGGUAAAGACACUAUCUCUGUGGAGACAGCUGAAACAGUCUCCACUGAUGAAGCAGCGAUGCUUGACCGGGAUAAUGGACCUGCUGAGAUCUGCAUAAAGGAGGAGGAGGAGGAGGAGUCAGAUCUUCACUCUGAGGUCAAACUGGUUUAUUUCUGCAAAGACCAAGAUACCGUCAGAACAUCUGAAGAGCAUUUGAUCGAAGAUGGAUCAUGGCAUGAAUCAACACCCAGUAAUAUCCUGCCUGGAAAUGUGUUCAGCCUUCCACAGGCACCACUACCAGCUGCAGAAAGUGGUCCUUUCGGAAGUAAAACCGAGCCAACUUCACAGAUAUAACCAGAUGGUCCAAUGCAGAAUCACUCGAGACAAAAUACCAUAGACUUGACAGAAGUAACCAGGGGAAAAAAGGGAUUUAAUGAGGAUAAAUACAUGUUUAUAGCCUAUACAGGAAAAGAAAGUUGUCAGACAAGUAGAACCUCAUUGAGAUGAGAUGGAUCUGCCAGGGAAAAGAAAAGCAAUUCCUUUACUUCCUGACUGAGAUCUCAGGGGGGGGGGGGAGAUACAAGAUGGAAAGAAAAGUCUGAUCUGCUCGCUGUGAAACGCCAGUUUCUCAUUUGCCUGAAAAAAAAAAUGAGAAAAAGAUUGAUAUUGUUAUAUGUGAUGAAGUGCAGCACGAGGUGGAUUCUUACCGACGUUUCAAAAUGCUUUGUAGUCGAGACUGGUUCUGAGAAGAAAUGCUAACAAAUCCUUGCUGGAUACAGAUCAGGUUGCUAUUGAAAAUCUGCAAAAGGCUAAGUCAUAAAGUCCCUCAGUUCAAGAAGACGACUCGUACCUGGGAAUGGCUCUGGACUAAUUACAAAAAAACUGUUUAAAAUCACUGCAGAAAGCAGAGACAACAAGAGUUUUGCCAAAAGGAAGAAGGGCUGUUGAUCACUUGUGUGGUAGAGAGAAACACCCAGAAUCAGUCUGGACAGGAUGGAGUUUUAGUCUGGACAGGAUGGAGUUUUAGUCUGGACAGGAUGGAGUUUUAGUCUGGACAGGAUGGAGUUUUAGUCUGGACAGGAUGGAGUUUUAGUCUGGACAGGAUGGAGCUUCAGUCUGGACAGGAUGGAGCUUCAGUCUGGACAGGAUGGAGUUUCAGUCUGGACAGGAUGGAGCUUCAGUCUGGACAGGAUGGAGUUUUAGUCUGGACAGGAUGGAGCCUAACUGUGGAAAAACAGAAACUGACUGAUACACACAUUACAAUGACAAAUCAAUGACCAGAUUGGCAACCAGCUCCAGCUACUCAGCAUCACUCUGACUAUUUGUGCUGGUUGGCUUCUGUCUCAGCUGAAGGGAGGACAUUGUGUUUUAAAGUCUUUUCUUUCUGUCCUGAAGUAGGCCUACCUGCUUAAUACACACAGACUUUCAUAUAGGUAAAGCAAAGGCAUGCUAUGACUUAACUCUACCUUCAUAUAUUGGGCUGCCUUUAUCCCAAUAGUUUCACAGUUUAAAAACGUGUGUUUUCAAAUGACUGUAUGCUACAUUGAUCUUUGGAUCACACUUGGAAUGUGAAAGGUUUCCUAGUGUUAGUUUUAGGUCUCCCUGAAGUCCGUAGACUUCCACUCUAUUAGUCACCCUAGAACACAGUCAACGAGCCUAACGGAAAUGUGUAUUCAUUAGGUAUAUACUGUAGCUAAAUGUUUAAUGGAGGGCUACGCUAGCGUUUCUUGGACCAAUUCAGAAAUUGGUACACAAGAAGGAGUAGCACUAGUCUUUUUAGGAUUAGGUGAAAAUAGGGAGACAAUGUAUUUGUAUUAAGGGUUUAGUCUUUGAAUGGUGGAUUUGUGCAGAUUCCCUUGGCCUUCCUUCCUGUUUAACUCUUGAUGUCUGGUCUUGCUGUAGAGACUGAACACAGCAGGAUUAUUGCUAGACUUUUUUUUGUUUUCUUAACUAUUUUACGACGUAUUCAUUGACGAAACGAACUCCACUACAAAUACAAGCCUCUAUAGAAGAACCUCUGAUCCUUUUUUAGUUAGGAAUAAAAAGACAAAGAUGUUUUAUUUUCUAAGAGUAUGUAGCAUUAGUGAAAUAACCUACUAUGAUGGAUCAUUUUUUAAAUUUUUUAUCAGUGGGCUAUUUUGUUUUUUUUGUUCCUUUUUUUUGUGGAAAGAUUUAGAGACUGUAUCCAGACCUGCCUUACUCUUACCAAUAUGUUCCUUUUUUGAACAGGGAGUUAUUCUACCGUAAACUAAGAUUAUUUUUAUGUAUUUUUUCGUUUUGUUUUUAAAGGAUACUUCCUCUGACAUUCUUAGAGCUGUCAUUUUAUUGUGAGGAACUGCAGUUCGAUCGGAAUAGUUGUUCUGUUUUUGUCCUCUGUUUUGUGAGUGACCCUCUCACUCAGUCAACUCGUCUCAGUGCACAAGUCUCCCCUUCUCCAGACACCGCGUAUGAAUCAGAAUCCGUAGCUAGUUGUGACACGUGAGCCUCUGGAUGAAAAGCAGAGUAUCCCUAAAGCAGCGUGGUCGUAUCAGCCCCCCAUGUUGGACUAAACUCUACACAAGUGGAAACCCCAAAUCCCUAAAGAUCCUCUAUUUGCCAAACUAGAGGGACAUGAAGUCUGACUCCUUCCUCAACAUGUGGACCUGCCCUGAGGAUGUUGGACACCACUGUUACACCUUCAGCCUUGUUGAUUUCCUGUCAGACUGGUCGUUUUUCAACUCCAUUCCACGGACGGACUGACCUGAACUUUUACCAGAACAGGAACACAAUGUUCAACAGACUCUACUCAGACUGGUCGUCUUUGAACUCAAGAGGAACACAAUGUUCAUCAGACUCUACUCAGACUGGUCGUCUUUGAACUCAAGAGGAACACAAUGUU